AUGGGGACUAGGUGGAGCAUGCUAACCACAGACUCCAGCAUGACCUCCCCCAGUAUUCCGUCCUGGCUGGACUCGCUGGGCCUCAAGCAGUACUCAGACCUCUUCAGGAACUACAAGGGAGUGGAGUCCCUGCUGGUCCUGUCUGAAGCAGACAUUAAGAACCUGGGAGUGAACAACGGCGGCCACCGGGCCAGUAUUGUGUCCAGCCUCUUCCUCAUCAAACACCAGAACAGGAGACGCUCCAGAGAUAUUUACAAGAUGCACUCAAGCACCCUCCCUAGGGCCCUGCCGACCAAUCAGAACUUCCUGCUGCCGUCACAUGACCUGAAGAUAAGGAGGGCAAAUGGCACCCUGCUGACACAGCGUAGGCAGGGUGGGAGUUUGAAAGAAAAGUAAGUUGGACUGUUUGCCAUGAUCUUACGACUUGUAACAGGUGUUGUGCACUCCUCUUUAAACAGUCAAUAAGGAAAGGAUACUUCUGGGUACCUCCAAAAUUCGUGAUUUAGUACUGCAAGCCUUGAAAAGUUGAA